UCUUAGACUGACGCCAGAAACCAAACAAAGCCGAAAAAUGGGUCUUGGUUUGGAGCGACCUUCUGUUUCCUCGGCCACCAAAUGGCUUGGUUUCGUCACUGCUAUCUGGGUCCAGACCAUUUCUGGCAACAACUACACUUUCUCCAACUACUCCGACGCUCUCAAAACCCUCAUGAACUUAACCCAGCUCGAGCUCAACAACCUCUCCGUCGCUAAAGACGUCGGUAAAGCUUUCGGCCUCCUCGCCGGCCUCGCUUCCGACCGCUUCCCCACUUGGGUUCUCCUCUUAAUCGGCUCCGUCGAGGGCUUGGUCGGCUACGGCGCCCAAUGGCUCGUCGUCAGCCAAAGAAUUCAACCGCUUUCGUACUGGCAGAUGUGCAUAUUUCUAUGCAUGGGAGGCAACAGCACCACUUGGAUGAACACGGCGGUGUUGGUCACCUGUAUCCGGAACUUCCGCAGUAACCGAGGCCCGGUCUCCGGCAUUCUCAAAGGCUACGUGGGGCUCAGCACCGCCAUAUUCACCGUCCUCUGCGCCGCCAUGUUCAACAACAACUCCGCCAACUUCAUUCUCAUGCUCGCCGUCACUCCCUUCGCCGUCUGCCUCACCGCCAUGGUCUUCCUCCGCGAAAUCCCGCCGUCGUCUUCCGCCGCCGAGGACAAGCAGGAGUCGAGGUACUUCUGGUUCUUCAACGGCCUCGCCGUCUUCGUCGCCCUCUACCUCCUCGCCUACGACUUCAUCCCCGACCCCUCCACCCUCCUCUCCUACGUCUUCUCCGCCUUCCUCGUCCUCCUCCUCGCCUCGCCGCUCCUGGUUCCAGUCUACACAUACAUCAAAUCCUGGGCCGCAAUCCGGGUCGGGUCGUCUGAUCCGGAAAAACCGGCUCCAAUUCUGGAGGAGCCGCUGCUGGAGGCGGAAAAGGCGGCUGUAGAUGACGUGGCGGAGGAGGAGGGGAGGAUGAGGCCGGUGAUCGGAGAGGAGCACACGAUUUUCGAGGCGAUGAGGACGUUGGAUUUCUGGGUGCUGUUUGUGUCGUUUUUGUGUGGGGUCGGGACUGGACUGGCGGUUAUGAACAAUUUGGGCCAGAUUGGGCUGGCGCUUGGAUACGUCGACGUUUCGAUCUUUGUCUCGCUCACUAGUAUCUGGGGAUUUUUCGGCAGAAUUGGUUCCGGUAUGGUUUCCGAGUACUUCAUCAGGAAAGCGGCAAUACCUAGGCCACUAUGGAAUGCAGCUUCUCAGAUUCUAAUGGCUGUUGGAUACAUACUCCUAGCAAUUGGCAUGCCUGGUUCCCUCUACAUUGGUUCAAUUGUGGUCGGAAUCUGCUAUGGGGUUCGUCUUGCCAUCACCGUCCCAACUGCGUCCGAACUGUUUGGUCUCAAAUACUAUGGACUUAUCUACAAUAUUUUGAUCCUCAAUCUCCCACUCGGGUCCUUACUCUUCUCAGGCCUCCUUGCUGGGUUUUUAUAUGAUAUGGAGGCUACCCCAACGGAAGGAGGUGGCAACACCUGCAUAGGUGCUCAUUGUUACAGGCUAGUGUUUGUUGUCAUGGCCAUUGCCUGUGUUGUUGGUCUUGGUUUGGACCUUUUGUUAUCCAUCAGAACUAAGCAGCUUUACACAAAGAUUCAAGCCGGCAAGAAAACAAAGAGAGUUUCAAGCGUCUCGUAGUAACGAGUACGAAUGGGAUUUCAGGGCCAGGAGUAAACUUACGAGGAUUGAUGGGUUAAUUUUCCUUAUGAUGUCCUCCAUCUAGAGUUAACUGCUCGGUACAUCAUUUUCUGCUCAUAUAUGAGAUCAGGUCAGGGAGAAUUAGUAGUCGACCUCAUUACCAAGUGGUUAAGUUGUUUGAUAGGCAUCCUAAAUUCUUCCCACCACCACAUUUGUUUUGAAUUAGUGUGUGUAAUAUUGUAUCCACAAAUCAUUCAUGUAAUAUAAUAAUUCUUCGGCU